AUGGAUGCUGAAAACAGUGAUAUGGAACAACCACUACCAAAACGCCCGAGAAUGAAUGAACAACAACAAAUAUUUAAAAAUGAAUCAGAUGUUGAUUUUUCCCAAGAUAACGUAGAUUUUGAAGGAAAGUUUGUUCCUGAAGACAAGUAUACAAAUUUUGUGACACCGGAAGAAUUAGAAAAAUUGAGGGAGUUUAAGGUGCUGGAUGAAGUGAAGUCAAAUGAGGAAGACAGCAACGAUGAGGAUUCUGACAGUUCUGGGGGCAAAUCUGAAGGAGUUCCCGAGGAGGAAAUUGAAAAAAUGCUCGAAGAAAAUCUACCUGAUGAUUUAAAAGGCGCGCCCAAACCCAAAGAAAAACCAUAUAUUACCAGACAGAAGACCGUACUGGAAGAGAAAGGUGUGAAUCAUUUCGAAGUGUUGCCACUAGACUGGAUGGCGGUUCGACACUACAGCGGCAUGCCGGUGUACAUGCAUCGGACUACGCGUGUGUGCACGCUCUCCAAGCCCUACUUCUUAGGCAAAGGAAACACGAGGAGACAUGAUAUACCAAUUAGUGCGAUACCCUGCCUAUCGUACAGACGCGCUUUAGAAGAAGAAGAAAAGCAGAAGGAAAUUGAUAGAAGAAUUGAGGAACAAAUAAGAAAUGGAACCUGGAUGAACAACGUCAGCCAGGGAAAUGAUAAUUCUAAAACAAAUUCUAAUAACAAUGAAACUAAUCCAAAUACUACCUCAGAUGUUCAGGAGGUCACUAGCAGUACUAUAUCCUGUAAAAACAAUAAAGUUGAAGUAGAGAACAUGGAACAAGACGACAAUAAAACCAGUGGUAACAAAGAUAAAAUCCGGGCCAUUAAGGUUGAAAUAAGUGGUGUUAAAGUAAACGAAGAAAAUGAAACUGAUGUAAACAGUCAAAAUAAUGAUAUAAGUAUGAAUACAAAAGAACAAAGGCAAAAAAGAUGCCCUUAUAGUCAAAUGGACCCAGCUAUAAAUAGGCAUGUGGACGCUGACAAUAUAAGAAUAGAAGAACAAAAUAAAUCUAGUUGUCCAUUUAGCCAUGUGUACCCUGCUGACAAUAUUAGUAAAGAAAAACAAAAGCAACUGAGUCCUUCUAGUCAUACUGAUCCAGCUGAUAAUAUUAGUGCAGAAGAACAAAGUCAAUCAACUGGCCCUCAUGAUGCCGAGUUAGCCAAUAAUAACCAAACUCCAGAAGGCAGCAAAGCGACCGAGGAUAUCCCGCUAAACAUACAGCCGGUUGUACUUCCAGGAGGUAUAGUAAUGCCACCACCUCGUGUAGAGUCAGUUAACAACAGCUGGAAGACACAACAUUUGACUCCAGAACAAAUCAAUGAUUAUUGCAAGAAACUGUUUAAAUUUAAAACAGUCAACAUUAUGCAUUUUAAUCGCUGGGCGGAUCGGCGUAAGUAUACCAAAGCCAGGAAGGCGUUGCAAUAUCCGACACUGCCAGAGGGAACAAAACUUAUCACCAUUCCAGCUCAACCGGCAAAUGGACAAGAAAAUGGUGGCAAAACGGCUAAGAAGGACUGGGUGAUGAAUAUGAAUGGGCGCUGUUAUCUGUCCGUAUUUCAUGAGUACGUGUAUCGAGCUCUACAGAAACAGCCUGUCUACGAAUUUAAGCAGCUAGAGAAUGCGGCGACCCCGUACCAGGCGACAGUGUACAUCGGCGGCAUGCAGUACGGCGUGGGCUUCGGCUCCAGCAAGCGGCAGGCCAAGUCUGCGGCCGCGCGCGCCUCCAUACACAUCCUCAUACCCGAGAUGCGGGACCAGCUCGAGCCCGCGCCCACACAGAGCGAGCCGGACUUCACUUUUUUCGACUACGUGAGCAUCGAGGAUCCGCGCAUAUCGGAGUUCUGCGCGGCGACGUGCGAGCCCUCGCCGCACGCCAUCCUGCGCACCUGCCUGCUGCGCAACUUCGGCGCCGGCGACCGCCACAUACACACCGAGAUGAAGAAACUUGAGUACCAAAAGAUCGAGUUGACGAUGAAGGUUGGUAAGCACAGUGCCACCGUAGUCUGCAAGAAUAAGAAAAUGGCCAAGCAACGCGCCUCGCAGGCGAUACUUCAGGCGCUCCACCCGCACGUGCGGUCGUGGGGCUCGCUGCUGCGGCUGUACGGGUCGCGGUCCGUGAAGAGCUGCAAGGAGAAGAAGCUGGAGGAGCAGCAGAUCACGCUGCUGCAGGACAAGGCGCAGCACAACGAGCCCAACUACGCCGUGCUGGAGAAGCUGCGCCACGAGAUGCGCAAGCUGCGCGAGCGCGACGCCGCCGUCGUGCCCAUCGGCACGCUGCUGCUGCCCGCCGCCGCGCCCGCCGACCUGCCGCCCUCCGCCUCCGACCUGGACCGCGUGCACUUGUGA